AUGGUGGAUGAAGUUGGAGAAGAAAAUGUAGUCCAAGUGAUAACCGAUAGCGCAUUAGAUUGUGUUAAAGCGAUCAAGACAAAUUCACAAGAACUUGUAGUAGAAAGUGUUGAGCCCAAGGAUGUUGAAUCUUCAAAUCCUAUUUCUUCUCAAGGUGAUCCAAAGAAGGUUCGAAAAGCACAAUUUACCAGGAGGGGUGUUCUAUUUCGUGAAGUAACGGUUCCAGGAUCACCAACCUCCAAAAAGCAUCGAGCUAUUGAUAUGGCUCAAAAGUUGAACAAGAAGAAACAUGAAGUUCAAGUUCCACUUGAGAACGUGACAUUCGAAACUAAGCAUGACAGUGACAGUGACAGCCUAAGAGUCUCAAUUGCAAUCUCUAUAGAUGAUGUUGACAAGCGAAACGAUGAACGGAUUCUCAAUCAUUUUCGCAAUCUUACGGGUGAAGUUUCUAAGCUUCAUGAUGUUUCAAAAGAAUGUCAUGAGCUUUUUGCAAAACAACUUGAGGAAACGAAAGUUUAUUUACAGACUCAGAUUGCUGAUAUUCGAACGAUGUUGAAAUCUGAAGUUAAAAAUUUUGCUGAAAGUUCUUCUACACUACAUAAGAUGAUGGAUGUGGUAGCUGAAGCGUUAGUCCGCUCGAUUGAAGACAUCACUUCAUUCAACAAAGAUUACACGAUUGGUCUUCAAGACAAGAUGAAAGGGGAUGCUCUAGUAUUUUCUAGAGUUGAAGAGUUCUUAACCGAAAUCAAAACCAUGCUUUCGGCACAAUCGACGAUUUCUCCAGAAUCUAUUUCUCAAAUGGAACUCAUACAGAGGGUCGAUGAUGGUUUCAUUGGGGUUGUUGACGGGGAAAUCAUGGAGAUUGAGUUUCCAUUUAUGGCCUCAGACCUUGUGAAGGAUACAGUCGAAGAUGACGGUGGUGGUGAAGAAGAUGAGACUGAGAAGAAGAUUUGA